AGUCACACACACCACGCCCUCAGCCCCAACCUGAACCAUGCCCUCAGCCCCAACCUGAACCACGCCCUCAGCCCCAACCUGAACCACGCCCCCAGCCCCAACCUGAACCACGCCCCCAGCCCCAACCUGAACCACGCCCCCAGCCCCAACCUACAGCCAGGUGUGAAGAGGACAGAAACUUGAUCUUUGACUUGUGGAGCUGUGUGUGAUUAGAAGUGUUUGUUUGAGACCGAAAAGUGUGGGCGAGCUGACUACUCCCCUUUCACCUGACUUGUCCUCUCUUCCUCUUCUUUCACCAUUAACGCCAAUCUCUUAAUCAUAGGGUGUGAUGGGGUGGUGAUUGAAAGCGCAGGUGACUUUCAUUUUCUCUCUCUCUUUUGUCCUGAGCAGUGAGGUCCAGGAAGGGGUGUGGAUCAGCAAGCCCAAGAUUGAACAUUUGGAAGGCGUAGUUUGAGUAACCAGAAUUGUCCAAACGUCAAGUGUGUGUGUGUGUGUGUGUUGUGAAGCUUGUGUGAGUGUUGUCUAACUCUAGCACCUGUGUCUCCACACACACAGUUGUGCUCGUGUGUGUUUUGUGUGGGAGCAUCGGGACUGGGCCUGAUGGGAUUAGCGUCUCGGCGGUGGCAGAUUACCUGUAACCAUGAUCUGUUGUCGUGGGGAUUAACUUCCCAGUGUUUCAUGAAGCGUUCCGUGCUGUGAGGUACCAGAACACUGAGGGACAGCCCACUGAGAGGGAAGACCGCAGCUACAGGGGCUCUAAAGCUAGGCUAAUCCCCUUCUCCUGUGACCUGAGAGGAAGGAGGGGGGGGAUGACAACCUCACCUGGAGACAGAGGGGAGGGAAAUAAGAGGAGAGAGAAUGGCUGGGUAGACAAACGAGAGAAGGCAUACUACUACGGAAAGAAAGAGAAGGGCGUUAAGGAGAAAGGGGGUAAGGAGAGGUGAAGGAUGAGAUGAGAAAGAAAGGUGGAACGAGAGAGAACAUUCCUUCAGUUCUCCUUGUAGUGUUCUAUACCUUUUUCCCUCACCUUGUUCUUUGUCUUCCGUUAUCAACUGUCAGAAGAACCCCAACAUGAGGGAAAGUUUCUAUUUUAUUUUUCAGCUACUUUUAAUAAAUGUUCUGCUAUUACCAAUUGACUUCCUUGUAGUUUUUGUGGUAAGAAUUUCUUUCUCCAAUUGUUAUUAUCAAAUAACUAGAAUUUUUUAUUUUUGAAUCCUGCCAAAAUAAUUCUCUCUUCUAGCUCUCAUUAAUGUAGAGGAGAAAAAUCCAUAAUUUUACAGAGAGGAGGGGAGGGAAAAAGAGAGCGGACCGAGAGGACAGAAGACGAGGAGAGUACGGUCUGUGUUUUUCCCAGUGAAAAGACUCAAGAGGGGUCUCAAGGGCAAAACACUGACUUAUUAUAGGAGAAGGAAAAUAUGAGGGAGGGGGGGGGGGGGGUGAGAGCGAGGGAGACCAUGAGAACGAAAAGGCCACUUCUGCUCUCCUUUCUUAAUUAGUCCGCCAUAGUCCAUACAGCCCCCUCUCCCCACAUCCCCCCCAAUUUAUUAAUCUAUUUACUCAGCGUGCUAGCUACCUAUCCAUCUCUUUAUCACACUCUCACACACUCCUUCGUUCUCCUGCUUAUCGAUCAUUCUGCCACUGCUCGCACACAUCGCCCCGCAUGCAUCCAUCUAUCUAACUGCUCAAUGGUUUCUGCUCUUGUGGCUCUCCAUGAAUUCUGACCUUCUGUGAUUGUUGUCUGUCUAUGGGGAAAUUGUAUUUUUCUCUCCAGGUUGUGUAUUGUGGCUGGGAUGGCCGCAGGAUGCUGCUUUCAUGACAGGUGAAGAGCUUUGGCAUUGUGUUCUAAUGUGCUGCUGUACGCUUCAGUGGUGUAUGUCAAUGCCGAAACAUUUCAUGAAAUGUAAUCUCCAGUGCUCAUUAAACAGCACUACGCACACUCUCUCGAUCUUUCUUUCUUUCUUUCUCUCUCUCUCUCGAUCUUUCUCUCUCUCUCUCUCAGCUCGUCCAAAGUGAAUCAGACCUUGGUGAGCACUGUAAGGGCAAACUUCAAUACAGUAUUUCAAUUUCCAAUUGAAUUUUCUAUUUGUAUGGCUCUUUUAACAAAGUAAUUUGCCACAGAGUGCCUAACACAAGGCUAGGCCCAAACGCCACAAUAGCAAGCCGGUCAUUCACUCUGCAUCUACUCCCUACCUCCACUCUCAUAGCCAGUGUGUGGUAAGUGUCUCUGGGACAAAAUGGCUGCUGUGUAUCACUUGGGUUACUACACACUAGUGGUGGAAGGGUUGAUGGUACCAUACAGUGUGUUGUGAGACCUGUUGAAAAAAGCUUUAUAAAUCCCAGUCUAGUAUCAAUAUCAUCACAGGGUUCUCCCCAAAGAAUGUAAGAAGGUGAUGCGCCACCUUGUGGACUGGCUGCGCCAGUAUGUACAAAAAUAAAUAUAUAUAGAGUACCAGUCAAAAGUUUGGACAUACCAACUCAUUCAAGGCUUUUCUUUUCUUUUUACUAUUUUCUACAUUGUAGAAUAAUAGUGAAGACCUCAAAACUAUGAAAUAACACAUAUGGAAUCAUGUAGUAACCCAAAAAGUGUUAAACAAAUCAAAAUAUAUUUGAGAUUCUUCAAAGUAGCCACACUUUGCCUUGAUGACAGCUUUGCACACUCUUGGCAUUCUCUCAACCAGCUUCAUGAGGAAUGCUUUUCCAACAGUCUUGAAGGAGUUCCCACAUAUGCUGAGCACUUGUUGGCUGCUUUUCCUUCACUCUGCGGUCCAACUCAUCCCAAACCAUCACAAUUGGGUUGAGGUCGGGUGAUUGUGGAGGCCAGGUCAUCUGAUGCAGCACUCCAUCACACUCCUUCUUGGUCAAAUAGCCCUUACACAGCCUGGAGGUGUGUUGGGUCAUUGUCCUGUUGAAAAACAAAUGAUAGUCCCACUAAGCGCAAACCAGAUGGGAUGGCGUAUCGUUGCAGAAUGCUGUGGUAGCCAUGCUGGUUAAGUGUGCCUUGAAUUCUAAAUAACUCAGUGUCACCAGCAAAGCACCAUCACACCACCUCUUCCAUGCUUCAUGGUGGGAACCACACACGCAGAGAUCAUCCAUUCACCUACUCUGUGUCUCACAAAGACACAGCGGUUGGAAGCAAAAAUCUCAUUUGGUCUCAUCAGGCCAAAGGACAGAUUUCUACCGGUCUAAUGUCCAUUGUUCGUGUUUCUUGGCCCAAGCAAGUCUCUUCUUCUUGGCCCAAGCAAGUCUCCUCUGAACAGUUGAUGUUGAUGUGUCUGUUACUUGAACUCUGAAGCAUUUAUUUGGGCUGUAAUUUCUAAGGCUGGUAACUAUAAUGAACUUAUCCUCUGCAGCAGAUGUAACUCUGGGUCUUCCUUUCCUGUGGCGGUCCUCAUAAGAGCCAGUUUCAUCAUAGUGCUUGAUGGUUUUUGCGACUGCACUUGAAGAAACUUUCAAAGUUCUUGACGUUUUCUGGAUUGACUGACCUUCAUGUCUUAAAGUAAUGAUGGACUGUCGUUUCUCUUUGCUUAUUUGAGCUGUUCUUGCCAUAAUAUGGACUUGGUCUUUUACCAAAUAUAUUCCGUAUACCACCCCUACCUUGUCACAACACAACUGAUUGGCUCAAAUGCAUUAAGAAGGAAAAAAAUACACACAUUAACUUUUAACAAGGCACACCUGUUAAUUGAAAUGCAUUCCAGGUGACUACCUCGUGAAGCUGGUUGAGAGAAUGCCAAGAGUGUGCAAAGCUGUCAUCAAGGCAAAGGGAUUUGUUAAACACUUUCUUGGUUACUACAUGAUUCCAUAUGUGUUAUUUCAUAGUUUUGAUGUCUUCACUAUUAUUCUACAAUGUAAAAAAUAGUCAAAAUAAAGAAAAAGCCUUGAAUGAGUAGGUGUGUCCAAACUUUUGACUGGUACUGUGUAUAUACAUACAGUGCCAACGGAACGUUUUCAAACCCCUUGACUUUUUCCACAUUUUGUUAGGUUACAGCCUUAUUCUAAAAUUGAUUAAAUAAUUUUUUCACUCAUCAAUCUACACACAAUACCCCAUAAUGACAAAGCAGAAACAGUUUUUUGGGGACAUUUUUGAUAAUUUAUUACAAAUAAACAAAUCAUAUUUACAUGAGUAUUCAGACCCUUUACUCAGUACUUUGUUGAAGAACCUUUGGUUGCGAUUACAGCCUCGAGUCUUCUUGGGUAUGACUCUAAAAGCUUGGGACCCGUAUUUGGGGAGUUUCUCCCAUUCUUCUCUGCAGAUCCUCUCAAGCUCUGUGAGGUUGGUUGAGGAGCGUCGCUACACAGCUAUUUUCAGGGCUCUCCAGAGAUGUUUAAUCGGGUUCAAGUCCGGGAUCUGGCUGGGCCACUCAAGGACAUUCAGAGAUUUGUCCCGAAGACACUCCUGCGUUGUCUUAGCUGUGUGCUUAGGGUCGUUGUCCUGUUGGAAGGUAAUCCUUCACCCCAGUCUGAGGUCCUAAGCGCUCUGGAGCAGUUUUCAUCAAGGAUCUCUCUGUACUUUGCUCCGUUCAUCUAUCCCUCAAUCCUGACUAGUCUCCCAGUCCCUGCCGCUGAAAAACAUCUCUACAGCAUGAUGCUGCCACCAACAUGCUUCACCGUAGGGAUGGGGCAAGGUUUCCUUCAUUCGUGACGCUUGGCAUUCAGGCCAAAGUGUUCAAUCUUGGUUUCAUCAGACCAGAGAAUCUUGUUUCUAUUGGUCUGCGAGUCCUUUAGGUGCCUUUUGGCAAACCUCCACGUGGGCUGUCAUGUGCCUUUUACUGAGGAGUGGCUUCUGUCUGGCCACUCUACCAUAAAGGCCUGAUUGGUGGAGUGCUGCAGAGAUGGUUUGUUUCUGGAAGGUUCUCCCAUCUCCACAGAGGAACUCUGGAGCUCUGUCAGAGUGACCAUCGGGUUCUUGGUCAGCUUCCUGACCAAGGUCCUUCUCCCCCGAUUGCUCAGUUUGGCCGGGUGGCCAGCUCUAGGAAGAAUCUUGGUGGUUCCAAACUUCUUCCAUUUAAGAAUGAUGGAGGCAAUGGUGUUCUUGGGGACCUUCAAUGCUGCAGACAUUUUUUGGUACCCUUUCCCAGAUCUGUGCCUCGACACAAUCCUGUCUCGGAGCUCUACGGACAAUUCCUUCGACCUCAUGGCUUGGUUUUUGUAUUGACAUGCACUAUCAACUGUGGGACCUUUAUUUAGAUUCAUGUCGAAUCAAUAUAAUUUACCAGAGGUGGACUCCAAUCAAGUUGUAGAAACAUCUCAAUGAUGAUCAAUGGAAACAGGAUGCACCUGAGCUCAAUUUCGAGUCUCAUAGCAAAGGGUCUGUAAGUAAGGUAUUUCCGUAUUUUUAUUUUUUAUACAUUUGCUAAAAACCUGUUUUUGCUUUGUCAUUAUGGGGUAUUGAGGGGGGAAAAAAUAAUUGCAUACAUUUUAGAAUAAGGCUGUAAUGUAACAAAGUGGAAAAAGGGAAGGGGUCUGAAUACUUUCCGAAUGCACUGUACAUUCGUGGUUGAAAGUUUUGAGAUAUUUUUGUCAGAUGUUACUAUGGUAUACUGAAGUAUAAUUACAUGCAUUCCAUAAGUGUCAAAGGCUUUUAUUGACAAUUACAUUAAGUUUAUGCAAAGAGUCAAUAUUUGCAGUGUUGACCCUUCUUUUUCAAGACCUCUGCAAUCCGCCCUGGCAUGCUGUCAAUUAACUUAUGGGCCACAUCCUGACUGAUGGCAGCCCAUUCCUGCAUAAUCAAUGCUUGGAGUUUGUCAGAAUUUGUGGGUUUUUGUUUGUCCACCCGCCUCUUGAGGAUCGACCACAAGUUCUCAAUGGGAUUAAGGUCUGGGGAGUUUCCUGGCCAUGGACCCAAAAUGUUGAUGUUUUGUUCCCCGAGCUACUUAGUUAUCACUUUUGCCUUAUGGCAAGGUGCUCCAUCAUGCUGGAAAAGGCAUUGGUCGUCACCAAACUGUUCUUGGAUGGUUGGGAGAAGUUGCUCUCGGAGGAUGUGUUGGUACCAUUCUUUAUUCAUGGCUGUGUUCUUAGGCAAAAUUGUGAGUGAGUCCACUCCCUUGGCUGAGAAGCAACCCCACACAUGAAUGGUCUCAGGAUGCUUUACUGUUGGCAUGACACAGGACUGAUGGUAGCGCUCACCUUGUCUUCUCCGUACAAGGUGUUUUCCGGAUGCCCCAAACAAUCGGAAAGGGGAUUCAUCAGAGAAAAUGACUUUACCCCAGUCCUCAGCAGUCCAAUCCCUGUACCUUUUGCACAAUUUCAGUCUGUCCCUGAUGUUUUUCCUGGAGAGAAGUGGCUUCCUCGCUGCCCUUCUUGACACCAGGCCAUCCUCAAAGUCUUCGCCUCACUGUGCGUGCAGAUGCACUCACACCUGCCUGCUGCCAUUCCUGAGCAAGCUCUGCACUGGUGGUGCCCCGAUCCCGCAGCUGAAUCAACUUUAGGAGACGGUCCUGGCGCUUGCUGGACUUUCUUGGGCGCCCUGACACCUUCUUCACAACAAUUGAACCUCUCUCCUUGAAGUUCUUGAUGAUCCGAUAAAUGGUUGAUUUAGGUGCAAUCUUACUAGCAGCAAUAUCCUUGCAUGUGAAGCCCUUUUUGUGCAAAGCAAUGAUGACGGCACGUGUUUCCUUGCAGGUAACCAUGGUUAACAGAGGAAGAACAAUGAUUUCAAGCACCACCCUCCUUUUAAAGCUUCCAGUCUGAGUUAGAAUAACAAUCAGCAUGACAGAGUGAUCUCCAGCCUUGUCCUCGUCAACACAUUUAAGUUUACAUUUACGUCAUUUAGCAGACGCUCUUAUCCAGAGCGACUUACAAAUUGGUGCAUUCACCUUAUAGCCAGUGGGAUAACCACUUUACAAUAUGUUUUUUUCUUUUCUUUCUUUCUUUGGGGUGAGUAAGGGGGGGUAGAAGGAUUACUUUAUCCUAUCCCAGGUAUUCCUUAAAGAGGUGGGGUUUCAAGUGUCUCCGGAAGGUGGUGAGUGACUCCGCUGUCCUGGCGUCGUGAGGGAGCUUGUUCCACCAUUGGGGUGCCAGAGCAGCGAACAGUUUUGACUGGGCUGAGUGGGAACUGUGCUUCCGCAGAGGUAGGGGGGCCAGCAGGCCAGAGGUGGAUGAACGCAAUGCCCCCGUUUGGGUGUAGGGACUGAUCAGAGCCUGAAGGUACGGAGGUGCCGUUCCCCUCACAGCUCCGUAGGCAAGCACCAUGGUCUUGUAGCAGAUGCAAGCUUCAACUGGAAGCCAGUGGAGUGUGCGGAGGAGCGGGGUGACGUGAGAGAACUUGGGAAGGUUGAACACCAGACGGGCUGCGGCAUUCUGGAUGAGUUGUAGGGGUUUAAUGGCACAGGCAAGGAGCCCAGCCAACAGCGAGUUGCAGUAAUCCAGACGGGAGAUGACAAGUGCCUGGAUUAGGACCUGUGCCGCUUCCUGUGUAAGGCAGGGUCGUACUCUCCGAAUGUUGUAGAGCAUGAACCUACAGGAUCGGGUCACCGCCUUGAUGUUAGCGGAGAACGACAGGGUGUUGUCCAGGGUCACGCCAAGGCUCUUUGCACUCUGGAAGGAGGACACUACGGAGUUGUCAACCGUGAUGGCGAGAUCAUGGAACGGGCAGUCCUUCCUCGGGAGGAAGAGCAGCUCCGUCUUGCCGAGGUUCAGCUUGAGGAGGGGGGGAGGAUUCAGCAGGGAGGAGAAGGUGGCAAAGAGCUUCCUAGGGUUAGAGGCAGAUGCUUGGAAUUUAGAGUGGUAGAAAGUGGCUUUAGCAGCAGAAACAGAGGAAGAAAAUGUAGAGAGGAGGGAGUGAAAAGAUGCCAGGUCCGCAGGGAGUCUAGUUUUCCUCCAUUUCCGCUCGGCUGCCUGGAGCCCUGUUCUGUGAGCUCGCAAUGAGUCGUCAAGCCACGGAGCAGGAGGGGAGGACCGAGCCGGCCAGGAGGAUAGGGGACAUAGAGAGUCAAAAGAUGCAGAAGGGGAGGAGAGGAGGGUUGAGGAGGCAGAAUCAGGUGAUUGGAGGGAGAAGAAUUGAGCAGAGGGAAGAGAUGAUAGGAUGGAAUAGUAGCGGGAGAGAGAGAGCGAAGGUUGCGACGGCGCAUUACCAUUUGAGUAGGGGCAGAGUGAGUAGUGUUGGAGGAGAGCGAGAGAGAAAAGGAUACAAAGUAGUGGUCGGAGACUUGGAGGGGAGUUGCAGUGAGAUUAGUAGAAGAACAGCAUCUAGUAAAGAUGAGGUCAAGCGUAUUGCCUGCCUUGUGAGUAGGGGGGGACGGUGAGAGGGUGAGGUCAAAAGAGGAGAGGAGUGGAAAGAAGGAGGCAGAGAGAAAUGAGUCAAAGGUAGACGUAGGGAGGUUAAAGUCACCCAGAACUGUGAGGGGUGAGCCAUCCUCAGGAAAGGAACUUGUCAAGCUCAUUGAUGAACUCUCCAAGGGAACCUGGAGGGCGAUAAAUGACAAGGAUGUUAAGCUUGAAUGGGCUAGUGACUGUGACAGCAUGGAAUUCAAAUGAGGAGAUAGACAGAUGGGUCAGGGGAAAAAGAGAGAAUGUCCACUUGGGAGAGAUGAGGAUUCCUGUGCCACCACCCCGCUGACCAGAUGCUCUCGGGGUAUGCGAGAACACAUGAUCAGGUGAGGAGAGAGCAGUAGGAGUAGCAGUGUUUUCAGUGGUAAUCCAUGUUUCCGUCAGCGCCAAGAAGUUGAGGGACUGGAGGGUAGCAUAGGCUGAGAUGAACUCUGCCUUGUUGGCCGCAGAACGGCAGUUCCAGAGGCUGCCGGAGACCUGGAACUCCACGUGGGUCGUGCGUGCAGGGACCACCAGGUUAGAGAGGCAGCAGCCACGCGGUGUGAGGCGUUUGUAUAGCCUGUGCAGAGAGGAGAGAACACUCACCUGUGUUAAUGAGAAAAUCACUGACAUGAUGGCAGCUGGUCCUUUUGUGGCAGGGCUGAAAUGCAGUGGAAAUGUUUUUUUUGGGGUUAAGUUCAUUUUCAUGGCAAAGAGGGAUUUUGCAAUUAAUUGCAAUUCAUCUGAUCACUCUUCAUGACAUUCUGGAGUAUAUGCAAAUUGCCAUCAUCAAAACUGAGGCAGCAGACUUUGAAAAUUAGUAUAUGUGUCAUUCUCAAAACUUUUGACCACAACUGUAUGUACCCUUAUUCUCUUGGGACAGUAAUUUUUAUGCAAUCCAAGCGCCACAUCACAUUUUUACAUUUGAGUUAUUUAGCAGACGCUCUUAUCCAGUGCGACUUAUCGGAGCAAUUAGGGUUAAGUGACUUUCUCAAGAGCACAUCUAUAGAUUUUUCACCUAGUCAUAUCGGGGAUUCGAACCGACAACAUAUUGGUUACUGGUCCAAUGCCCUUAACCACUAGGCUACCUGCCGCCCCCAAUCAGAAUCACCCAAAUCUUCAGUUGUUAAUCUUCUUCUGUCUCUGAGACCACACAGCAAAGCAACAAACAAGUUUGAAAAAUCCAAUGCAUGAGACACACUGCACGUACCUCAGCCUAGUCCGGCAGAUGAGUCGCAAUGGUGCGGAUUGCCUCACAUUGAAAUGAAAGGACUUCUGCCGGAACGCAUACAGUUUAACGCAGUUGGUUUCCACAGGGCUUAAGUCUUUUUUUAAAAUCUCUGUUUUUUCCCUUAGACCAACCUGCCCAUCUUCAAGCUGAAGGAGUCUCGUGUGCGGAGACGGUACAGCGACUUUGAGUGGCUCAGAGGGGAGCUGGAGAGAGAUAGCAAGGUGAGCCAUCUGGGGGGUUUACAGCAGUCUAGAUACACUUUACACAGGAAAAAGGAAAUCGAAACAGAGAGAGAGAGAAACACAACAAUAAAACUGCUAAAGGAUUUUCACUUGGUUUAUGCCACUAAUGUGUGUGUGUGUGUGUGUGUGUUUGUGUGUCGCUCUCAGGUGGUGGUCCCCCCUCUCCCAGGGAAAGCUCUGUUCAGACAGCUGCCGUUCCGAGGGGACGAUGGGAUAUUUGACGAUUCCUUCAUCGAGGAGCGGAGAGCUGGGCUGGAGCAGUUCCUCAACAAGUGAGUCUACACAGACAUCCCAAGAUCCUCUGCUUCCUAGAAUCAGGGUGUUGUUUUGUGAUAUUACUACUUUUCUAUUGAUGUCAGGUGUGUGUGUGAGAGCGUGCAUGUAGACGUGUGUGUUUGUUAAAUAUAUCAAUGCAGCCACUCUUAGCUCAAUCUUAACCUUAGGAGCCUAUGAAACACUUAACAUAAAUCAGUUGAUCAAUUAGAUUCUCUCUCUCUGUGUCGUUUAACAAACUGAACACAUACAGAGGGAUAUGUCUCCCAACCCCCCCCCCCCCCUCCUCCUCAAUUCUCCUUCAUAAUUACCUGGUAAACGAACAAGAAGUGUGUCCCUUAGUACUUCCUACAUUUGUUUUAAUUUAAUGUGUAAUUUAUGAUAAUUGUGUCUCAAAUUACAGCAAGUGGUUUCCUGAGGGAUGGUGUGUGCACCCCUGCUUAUUUUUUACCCCAAGGUGUUCUCACCCCCAUGUAGAGAACAAUAAAAGUUACAGUGGGACUGUAAUUAUUUGCUUUGAUUGCAGACUUGGCUAUUAUCUUUGUUUCAUGUGCAAAUGUGGCGAAUGCUACCUGUUAGAAUAUUAAGUAUGCUAAAACCAUAAAUUGUUUUUUCAAGGGAGCUGAGAAUGCGUUGGUAAUUAAGUUUUCUUCUUUUUUUUCUCAAUUAAAUGCUACUGUUGAUCAUAGCAUUGUUUAGACUUAAUAGCUGCACGGUGGAAUGGAGCUGGUUCGUUCUGCUGUUAUAAUCUGUGAUUGAGUGUAUUGUGGAGAGGAAAACCCUUUUCCUGGAGGUAAACACCGUUAUCACUUCUAAACAACCCAGCAGAGGAGGAGAGAACAGCACAGUGAAGUUUGGAAGGAAAUUGGUUGGCCAUAUUGUUCAAAAAUGAAAGGUGAGAUUUGUAAUCAGACUUGGGAUGGAGGAGUGGGGACAGGGUUGGGUGCGAUCAGUGGCCAGGUGAAAUAUAGUUUAAUUGAACGCUGUAAAAAAAAUAAAUUGAUUGAGUCAUGGAGUGUCGGGGUGGGGGGGCUCAACUUGCUCAUUUGAUGGCAAAUGGAAGCCUCCUCAAAUCCUCCAUAAUUUUUCUGUUGUUUGACCGGUACGUGAACCCUUGGGGUCAUGCUUGGCCUUCAGAAAUAUUUUUCAUUUGAGACCGUAGCUGAGAGGAUGAUGAGAGUACAUCAGUCAUGGAAAACUGGUCUGUCUUUCCCUUUGCUUUGCUUCCAUCCCUCUUCCUCUCCCUGACCUCAAUGGUAAUUAUCAGCAUGUUCUCAAUCCUUUGCUCUUAAUCAAAUUCUCCUGCUCCAGAUGUAACAUGGAGAUUUUUUUUAAAUAACUUUUAGUGAAAGUGCUCCCUGUUCCCUCUCAAUGACCAUCAGACAUAGGUCAGUGGUCUUCCAAAAUGCACCUGAUCUGACCGUUUGGACAUUGAAAAAAUUGAAAACAAACCUGCUGAAAAUGCGGGCACGUUUUGCUACCCUUUUGACAACACUUUUCACAGUUACUGUCCCGUUAUGGUCAUGCUCUCUCAUGGAAGCCUUAUGUUCCACAUAAGAACGAAGAGGAAUAAGUAAGGAAGUAAUUAUGGUCAAGGAUUGUAUUGAGAUUUCUUCCAGGACAAAAUGUAUGUACAAAAUGGGUUCUUUGUUACCAUGUACUUUGUAGCCUGUCAGACAGACUGUAACAACAACAUGUAUUCAUAAGCUAAGUAUUCAUAACCUCUGUGUCUCUCCCUGUCUUGUGUUUCAGAGUGGCUGGUCACCCUUUGGCUCAGAACGAGCGCUGUCUGCACAUGUUUCUACAGGAUGAGUCUGUGGACAAGACCUAUACCCCCUCCAAAAUACGACAAGCCUAAGAGCAGGACCACCACUCGGCCCAGGCCACUUCCGGCCCACAACCCAAAGCUCUAAUCUCUACUGCUAACGGCCCUGCUCUGCUCUGACCAAAAACACUUAUGAUCUUCUUCACUCUUCUUUCAUUUGCAAUCCCUUUCUUUGUCUUUUAUUUCCGUUUGAUUAGUGAUCUCAUGUAUUGCUGGUUUUCAACUCUCGAUUGGAUCAAACUAAGAAAUGGUCCCAAUGUAAUAACUGUGGUUGAAAAUUAUUUAUAAUCGGUUUUGUCUCUAAAUGCCACUAACUUGGGUAUUUUACAUUAUGUUAUCUGUAUUUAUCAGUUAGGUAUGUCUUGGAUAUUUUUACUUUAAAGAAAUAUUAAAAAAUACCUUUCCAUGUAUGCAAACCUCAUGUUUAAACCCCAUACAUUACGCACUGUUGUUUCCACUCAAUGUCCAAUUGGAAUGAUUGUCCUCACCACCAUAACUGUGACUUCACACACUUUGUAGAUGAUCCCUGACUCUGAAAAUCACAAUUUGUUCGAUGGUCCCUGAAAGA